AUGGACCCGAAGCAUUAUCCCGGCGAGAAUCAUGACGCCUUCACUAAUUGGGCAUUGGCCCAAGGUAUCAUUGCCAAUGGAGUUACUCCAGCGCGUUUUCCAGGACGUGGCCUUGGAAUGAUGGCCAUCCGAAAAAUUAAGAAGGGUGAAACUGUAGUUCAAGUCCCUACAAGCACGAUCUUCACAAUUGAUCAUAUCCCCAUCGAGUUCAGGUCCCGGUUUCCGGAAGGCACAGCCGUCCAAACUAUCAUGGCCGCAUUUCUGACCCAUGGAAGUGAGGAGCAGCUCGAAAAGUACCAACUUUGGUUCAAGACGUGGCCUACACGGCACGAUUUUGAAAAUAGCCUGCCCUUGCUCUGGCCUCGAGAAUUAGGUGGUCUCAUCUGGCCAAGCAGGGAUACCUCGGAAAGCACAAGGGACGAUCUCUCUGUGGCCCCUAAUCUCCUUCCACCCUCUAUAUCAGGACGUUGGAACUCUAUCAAGACAGAGCCCCGGGCAAGAAAAUACGAUAGCGAGCACCAGGAUUUGGAGCCAAUGCAAGAACGAAGGCUGAAGAAGGCAUGGGCGGACGUCACGUCAACUUUCCCUGAGACUGACUGGAAGAGCUUUUCAUACCUAUGGCUUAUCGUUAACACAAGGAGCUUUUAUUGGGUUGGCCCUAAUCAGCAGCCGCCAGAUAAUCGGAAUGAUGCAAUGGCUCUAUUGCCCUUUGCGGACUACUUUAAUCAUUCGGAUGUUGAGUGCGAUGUAAAAUUUGACGAAAAUGAAUAUGUGCUUCGUGCUACGGAGGACUACGAGAAGGGCGAUGAGGUUUAUAUGAGCUAUGGCAAUCAUCCAAAUGAUUUUCUUCUAGCGGAAUAUGGAUUCUUCCUUGACCAAAACGAGUCGGAUUGCGUUUACCUUGACGCUAUUGUCUUGAGGGACAUUGAUAGCCCUGAUAAGCAAGAAGAGCUUUCGUUAAAUCGAUACUAUGGUGAAUAUCGAGUCACUACAAAAGGGGUUUGUUACCGCACCGAGGUUGCAGCGUGUCUGAAGUACAUGAAAGGCGAGGAUUGGAGAAACCAUGUUCUCGAAGGUUCGAUUGAUGGUGUCGAUGAAAAGAAGUCAAUGGAAAUUAUCAAGGGGUGGCUUGACGUAUACACCUCGGAGGCAGAUGCAACGACGAGGGCAAUAAAAAUGGCUCUUGCAUCAAAUCCAGUGGUGCAGGCACAUCGAGAGAAGGUAGAGGUGAUAUUACGGCGAUGGAAACAGAUUAAGCAGAUCUGUUAUUGCGCUGCUAAGGCCAUGUCACUGUAG